CUCUCGCCCUCGUCUCCAGCUCUCUGUCUCCCCGGCUGCCCGUCGAUGGCCUCUUCUGUUCCGAAUUGAUGUACCCCCCACGUCUAAUGGAGCUGUCAUUGUAACUAUGUGUGUGCUCUGUUGAAUCUCAGCUCCCGGACCGACCGACCAGACCGCACGACAGCUCCAACGGAGAGAGAAGAAAAAGGAAAUCCCAACAACAGACACCUAGGCAGAAUCCAAAUCAAGCUCGCCUCCUUUCCGACUUCAAUGCGUCCACUAUCCCUGGCCGCCUGAAACCAUUGAUCGCUAGCCCCAGACCGACCUUUCGAGGGAAAAAAAAACCAAAAACGUCAUCAGUGGCCGAAGCCCUGCCGUCCCGGAGUGAGGGGUAUUGCAUUGGCGCACGGAAGUCCGCGCUUUGGAUGAACAACCACUUGGGCCGUGAGAUAACAAUCACUGGAGAUGGUGUCCGCAACGAAUACGGGCUCAGGCCGUCAGAGUCUCGACACGAAGGGCUCACGAGCUCCAACUUCUUCCUCGUCCCCGACCAUAUCGUCCCGGCCGUCGGAGCGCAAUGAGCCUCGGAAACCACAGGUGCCGAAGGCGCUGGCCGGAGCGCAGGAUAUCUACAUAAAGGGAUUGGAGUGGGAGUUCAAGCUCAAGCAUUUGGGUGUGCUUGGUGUACUGGGGUGGAUAUUGUUCUUGCAUGUUGUCGGAAUAUUUUUCUUUACCAAGGGUUUCCUGUUGACUCGAAUGGUUCUGGAAAACAAGUCGUCUUGCGAUGUGCUUCCUUUCGGCGAUGCGGCGACAUCUGGCAAGAAAGUCGACGGGUGUUGGCACCAGAAGUCGUUUGACAAGGCCGUGGUGAUUAUAAUCGAUGCCCUUCGUUAUGAUUUCACGGUCCCUUUUGCACCCAACGGGGAUCUUGAAUCGGCCCAUCUGUUCCAUGACAACAUCCCCGUUCUGUACGAAACCGCUGUUAAGUCUCCGCAAAAUGCCUUUUUGCUUCCUUUUAUCGCGGACCCGCCGACGACUACGUUGCAGCGGCUUAAGGGGUUGACGACGGGAACGCUGCCAACGUUUAUCGAUGCUGGUUCUAAUUUCGCCGGAACGUCAAUUGACGAAGACAACCUGAUCAGCCAACUGCGCGCAGCCGGGAAGAAUCUGGUCCACCUCGGGGAUGAUACCUGGCACGCACUCUUCCCCGACUAUUUCGAUCCUGAGCUCACCCGCCCGUUUGAUUCUUUCAAUGUCUGGGACCUGCACACGGUUGACAACGGCGUGACCCAAAACCUGCUCCCUCUUCUUCACCCUGAAAACUCUACGAAAUGGGAUGUUAUCUUCGGUCACUAUCUUGGUGUCGACCAUGCUGGCCAUCGGUAUGGGCCGGACCACCAGGCCAUGGCUGCGAAGCUGCAGGAGAUGGACCAGGUCAUCCGAGAUAUCAUCGCAAAGCUGGACGACAAAACGCUUCUGGUGGUCAUGGGCGACCACGGCAUGGACUCCAAGGGUGACCAUGGUGGCGAGUCCGACGAUGAGGUGAAUGCUGCGCUGUGGAUGUAUUCGAAGAAAGGCAUCUUCGGCCGUACGAGCGCGGAGACCGCCCUGCCGCCCAAGUUUGCUCGGGAGCGGUUUGUCCCUCAGAUCGAUCUUGUGCCUACCUUGUCUCUUCUUCUUGGAAUGCCUAUUCCCUUCAACAACCUCGGCUCUCCGAUUGAGGAGGCUUUCAUCGGAUCCAAGGGGAAUGAUUGGAAGAACCUUGUGGCAGUCAACCGGCUGGCUUCCGCCCAGAUCAAGAGAUACCAGCAGGAGUAUGCGACAACACGGGGCGCGGACGAGGACCAAGAGCCUCAUACCCUGCAUUUGUGGCAGGAGGCAGAAAACAGCUGGCAGAACCUCCCCAUGAUAGGCAGGGCCAGCCAGACAACUUUGCGCUCGGUUUCCGAAUCUUACAAGCAAUACCAACGGCAUACCCUCCAGGUUUGCCGUGGGUUGUGGGCUAAGUUCGACGUACCAAGCAUGAUCGAGGGUGUUGCGGUGCUCUUUUCUGGGAUUGUUUUACUGGCGUUCUAUGCGCGAGGCAUCAAGUCGGACCGGACAGAGCUCACAAACACCCUCCUUACUCUUGCUGGCGCAGGUUCUGGCGCGGGUGCUGUGGUUGGCGCUUUGCUGUCAUUUUCCAGCCUGGUGGAGAUGCGAGUGGUUGAAUCGUCGGCCUUGAUGGCUGCUGUAGGAAGCAUCGUGGGCGCCUCGUGGGCAAUUUUCGUGACCUCCGGACGCCUGUCAGUGCCUCUACCAACCAGUCUGUGGGGUUGGCUUGCGGUUGUCUUCACGGUCUCCCAGUCAAUCGGUUUCGCGUCCAACUCGUAUACGAUUUGGGAGGACGAAAUCCUCUUGUUCUUCCUCUCUACUUUCGGCGUUGUUGCCGGUAUGUCCUCGAUGCGACAGAAGUCCACGGCUGACAGGGUCCUGGGUGUCUAUCAUUCCAUCCUCUUCGUCAUUCUUGGAAGGAUCGCAUCGUUCUCUCGCCUGUGCCGCGAGGAGCAGAUGCCCUUCUGCCGGUCUACCUAUUACGCAUCUGCCACUUCUUCCACCUCUGCCCCCUGGCAACUUAUUAUCCCCUUCCUCGUGACCCUCAUCCUCCCCACAGUGGUAAAGUCUUUCUACGCCGGAUCGAAAUCCUACGAAGGUGCCGCUACCCUAUGGAUCGGCAUGGGCUUCCGACUGGGGCUGUUCAUCACCUCCGUCUUCUGGGUGCUAGAGGGCGCUGAUGAUGGCGAGUGGCUGCCUCUGAGCAAGGAGACCUUGAAGUCGGUCCGAAUGUUCCUGGCUCAACUGGUGCUUGCCCUUGCGUUUGCAGCUGGCACCACGGCAUACAUAUACUCGAAACCAUGCAUCAGCAUCAGCGUCAGCAAAGGCAGCACUGAACCUGAAAACAAAGGCAGGCCCUCAUCCCCCCAACAACCCGCACGCACGACCCUCACCAUCCUGGGUUUCGGCAAUGUCCACGGAACACGAUACUUCCUCCUUGUCGUCAACUUCUGCCUCGGUAUCGUCCUGAUGCAGAAGCCGAUGGGCCAAGGCGCCAUGGGCCUUCUACUCUGGCAAAUCCUGUCUCUGCUCGAAAUCCUAGACACGAACGCACUGGUCCUCGGUAACUCCUCCAUCGGCCCUACCGUACUGGGCCUUUUGGGGUCGUUCUACUUCUUCAAGACCGGCCACCAGGCCACCCUGAGCAGCAUCCAGUGGGAGACGGCCUUCAUCCCCCUCUCCUCCGUCCAAUACCCCUGGUCGCCCAUCCUCGUCAUCCUCAACACCUUUGGCGCCCAGAUCCUCACCGCCAUCGCCGUCCCCCUCACCGUCCUCUGGAAACGCCCCCUCCAACUCAGCGACCAAUCCUCCUCGUCGGCAAACGCCAGCAACCCCUCCAUCAAACUCCUCUCCGAUGUUGUCCAGGCCGCUUGCACAUAUAUCCUCUACUUCGCCACCAUCAACCUAGCCACCACCAUGUGGGCCGGCCACCUUCGUCGUCAUCUCAUGCUGUAUCGCAUCUUCUGUCCGAAGUUCAUGAUGGGUGCCGCGGUCUUGGGCGUCAUGGAUAUCGUCCUCAUUGUCUUCUCUGUCGCUGGUGUGCGCUUUAGCACGUUGAGUGUCGGUGAUAUCUUUGGGUGGUAGUGUGGUAGUUGGCUAUGGUGAUCGUGAAUAUAUGGUUUAGUCUUCCAUAUUGGCUGUUUAUGCCAUAUGGGCGUGGCUGGGUUGUAGAAAUUGCCCGGCAGGGCUUUUGAUUGGGGAUGUGUAAUAUAGGUCGUUGUUCCUCCUGCCCUUUAACGCUACACUCGAGCUUGUUGAGAGAGUGUGUUGGGGGAGGUAUAGUUAUUUAGCUUGCAUAUAGUUUCGUUAAAAUAAUACAUAGUG